GCUACGCAAAUUGACUUGACUCCCUGCUCGGCCUGUUUCUGCCUAUUUCUUUACAUUUUUUACAUUACUUACAGACUACAUACCACCCAAGACGGGACCUGCCCUCUGCAGAUGUAAUGUACUGUACCUCCAACAGGCCUGCAUAUUUGCUCUCGCUCACACCAUCAGGAUUUGCUUGCCGGCGCUACAAAGGACGCUGCACAAAGAAGUUACUUAAUUGUCAGUUGAAUGGUUGGCUACUUUCAGGGAUGUGCUUGUUUCUCGAGGCAGAUAGAUUGGGGUCCCCUCUCGCAUCCUCUCCCCACCUGCGGCAUCAGCGGUACUGCCGGUGGACGUGCUCUGCAUAUCAGCCAGGACUUACUGAAGCAGUGAAGCUGAUCCUUUCUUGUCUGGAAAGCUGGAUUUUUUUCAUGAUUACCCCUCCCGAUGAUUUUAAGAUCAUCAGGAGUCCUGAAACCACCUUUCUCCGCAUCAUCCUAUCAAGACCAGCUUCAACAAACGCCCCGGACUUGGCGGGAGCAUAUGGAAUUAUUGGGUAGUGACUACAAACGAGAUCCAGUACAAACGCUGAACUGCACUUGGCUUGUGACAAACAGAAACGAGGGUAAUACAAGGUUUCUUUCCAGUGUGGUAGUAUACUCCGUUUGACUCUCACUCCG